AGUAAAAAAUGGAAAAUGGGUUUUGGGUUGGCCUUUGGUUUGGUCCGUUGCUUGCUGCUCUCUUUCAGCUCUCCAACUAUAAAUAGGAGGAGUUGAUCAAAAUGCUCUUUUUUUCUCUUCUUCUUCUUCUCUCUCUUCUGUUAAGCAAAUUGUUAUACAGUGGCGACGACAAUAUCAUACUACUAUUGUCUCAUCUCCGACCAACUUCCGGCGAAAUAGCCGGCGAUCGGCCGAUCAGACUGCCGAAGACUCUCCUCCGCCAUUUACUCUCUCUCUCUCUCUCUCUCUCUCUGAGGAGUCGAACAGAACGCACAAGUUCAGAUCUGUUGGGAGGUGAAAGAAGAAGAAGAAUAAGCGAUUUGGUUUGAUUUGGCUGAGCGUUUGAAGAAGAAGGAAGAAGAAGAAAUGGAAGGGGCCAAAGAGUUUGGACUAAGAAAUGUGAGCUCGCAUUGCUCCAUUUCGGACAUGGACGACUACGACCUCUCACGCCUUCUCGACAAGCCGAGGCUCAACAUUGAGAGGCAGAGGUCCUUCGACGAGAGGUCACUGAGUGAGCUCUCCAUUGGCCUCACCAGAGCCGGCUUGGACAACAUUGAUAGCACCUACUCCCCCGGUGGAAGGUCUGGUUUCGACACUCCCGCUUCCUCCGCUCGCAACUCGUUCGAGCCGCAUCCAAUGGUUGCCGAGGCAUGGGAAGCUCUCCGCCGCUCUUUGGUCUUCUUUCGCAGCCAGCCGGUGGGCACCAUUGCCGCAUAUGACCAUGCCUCUGAGGAAGUUUUGAACUAUGAUCAGGUUUUCGUACGGGAUUUUGUACCAAGUGCUCUGGCUUUUCUAAUGAAUGGUGAGCCUGAGAUAGUUAAGAACUUCCUCUUGAAGACCCUGCAGCUUCAAGGGUGGGAAAAAAGAAUAGAUCGGUUCAAGCUCGGGGAAGGUGCAAUGCCAGCAAGCUUCAAAGUUCUUCAUGACCCUAUCCGGAAAUCAGAUACUAUCGUUGCAGAUUUUGGCGAGAGUGCAAUUGGGCGAGUUGCUCCUGUUGACUCUGGUUUCUGGUGGAUUAUACUGCUCCGUGCAUAUACAAAGUCAACGGGAGAUUUGACUCUGGCAGAAACUGAAGAUUGUCAAAAGGGAAUGAGGCUUAUAUUGACUCUAUGUCUAUCAGAAGGUUUUGACACAUUCCCGACUUUGCUUUGUGCUGAUGGAUGCUCCAUGAUUGAUCGUAGAAUGGGAAUAUAUGGUUAUCCUAUUGAAAUACAAGCUCUUUUCUUUAUGGCAUUGAGAUGUGCUUUGGCGUUGCUGAAACCUGAUGCAGAAGGAAAAGAAUUUAUUGAGAGAAUUGCAAAGCGUUUACAUGCCUUAAGUUACCACAUGCGAGGUUACUUCUGGCUUGAUUUUCAACAACUAAAUGACAUAUACCGUUACAAGACUGAAGAGUACUCGCACACUGCGGUAAAUAAGUUCAAUGUCAUUCCUGAUUCCAUCCCAGAUUGGGUUUUUGAUUUCAUGCCAUGCCGUGGUGGUUACUUUAUUGGCAAUGUCAGUCCUGCAAGGAUGGAUUUCCGAUGGUUUGCUUUAGGUAACUGUGUUGCAAUUCUAUCUUCUCUUGCAACCCCAGAGCAAUCAGUGGCUAUAAUGGAUCUUAUUGAAUCUCGCUGGGAAGAGUUGGUGGGGGAAAUGCCAUUAAAAAUAUGUUAUCCAGCAAUAGAAAGCCAUGAGUGGCGAAUCAUAACCGGUUGUGAUCCCAAGAAUACCAGAUGGAGUUACCAUAAUGGAGGGUCUUGGCCAGUGCUUUUAUGGAUGUUAACGGCUGCUUGCAUUAAGACGGGACGACCACAAAUUGCAAGACGGGCGAUUGAGCUGGCUGAGAGUCGUCUGCUAAAAGAUGCUUGGCCAGAAUAUUACGAUGGGAAACUAGGGAGAUAUAUUGGCAAACAGGCAAGGAAGUACCAAACAUGGUCAAUAGCAGGAUAUCUGGUUGCAAAGAUGAUGCUAGAGGAUCCGUCGCACUUGGGGAUGAUUUCUCUGGAAGAGGACAAGCAAAUGAAGCCAGUGAUUAAGAGAUCAUCGUCUUGGACUUGCUGAGAUGCUAAAAAAGCUAGAGAAAAUAGCAGGUAAAAGAGAAGAAGAGGAAAAACAAAAAGCGAGGGAUACUUGGUUAUUUCAUUGCUGCACCAUUCAUUCUUUGGGGGUUUCUGUUCUUGUAGGUUUGAUGGACAAUAUGGUUUUGUAUACAAUAGCAUCUGCUGAGACUGCUUUUUGUUUUUCAAUAAAAGAUACAUUUGGCCUUUUCUGUUUCAAAUACUGAUGGUAUUUUGCAACUGCUAUGCCGCUAAAGAAGAAUUAAUAAGCUCUAGACAGGAUGGGAUGGUGAAGCUAGAGUUUGGGAAGUCUGGAUUUUAUUGAAUAUGGAUGGACAAUUCCAAUCAUUUCAGUUAUUA